UCUUAUUUAUUAACCCCAAUCUUUAUAAUUAUUUGUUUCAUGAUUUUUGGUUUCUCAUCUAUAUUUAAUUAUUUUGCAAUAAUGCCCAACACAGAUGACGAAAACCUGACAGUAACUGUUGCGUCCAAGGUUUCUUUCACAGAACUUUGUGGUUUGCUGGAAAAGAUUUCUAAAACUUCAGGAAAUGAUAAAAAGAAACGAGUUUUAAAAGAUUUUGUGCAGAAAUGGAGAAAUUUUCACGAUGAACUGCACUCAAAAUCAAAUGACACGAAUGAUUCUUUUUAUCCUGCAAUGAGGUUGCUAUUGCCACAUUUAGAUAAAGAGAGAUUGGCUUAUGGAAUCAAAGAGCAUAUGCUUGCCAAGUUGAUGAUUGAGGUACUCUGUUUGGGAAAAGAUAGUCCUGAUGCAACUCGACUCCUCAACUAUAAGUCACCUAAAAAUGCAAGAGCUGAUGCUGGGGACUUUGCCAGUGUGGCUUACUUUGUGUUGAAGAACCGAUGUCCGGAGAAAGGAACACUGACCAUAGAGGAGGUGAACUCUUGUCUGGACAGCAUCGCUACAAACAACGCGGCCAAGAAGAAGGACGAGGUUCGGAAGAAUAUUCUCCACCUGCUGAAGAACCUGUCGGCCAUGGAACAGAAAUGGCUGAUUCGCAUGAUUGUCAAGGAGCUAAAGGUCGGUCUCAGCCAGGCGUCCAUUCUCUCUGUGUACCACCCUGAUGCAGAGGAGCUCUACAACGUCAAUAACAACAUAGAGAAGGUCUGCCGACUGAUGCGUGACCCAUCUGUUCGUGUUCAUGAGAUUGGGAUCAGCAUAUUCUCUCCAUUCACUCCCAUGCUUGGUGAGAGAGCAUCUCCUGACAAGGUAAAAGAGAAACUAAUGGAUGGAUACUUCAUUGAAACCAAAUUUGAUGGAUGUUAUUCAAAAAAUGAAAAUGAUUUUAUUUUUAUUUCCAGUGGAAAUGAAUACACUCAUAUAUUUGGUGCUACACCAUUUGAUGGUACUUUCACUCCAUACAUUGCAAACUGCUUCAAACCAGGAGUUAAAACCUGUAUAUUGGAUGGAGAGGUUUUGGGAUACCAUGCUGCAAGCAAAACCUAUGGAACAAAGGCAGAACAGUUUGAUGUAAAGUCAAAGGAUCUGUUGGAAACUAAGGGAUACCAGCCCUGUUUGAACGUGUUUGACAUUCUUCUCUUUAAUGACAAAGUGCUAACAAAUCUGCCACUGAGAGAGAGACUGUUGUACAUUGAUAAAGUCUUCAAUCCCAUAGAGGGACGUAUAAUGGUCAGCACACACACAGAAGCAAAAACCAAUCAAGACUGUGCUGAUGCUCUGAAUGAAGCCAUUGAUAACCAAGAAGAAGGUAUCUUAGUAAAGAAUCCCGAGUCGGUGUAUCGUCCUAACACGCGGAAAGGGGGCUGGUUCAAGAUCAAGCCCGAGUACAUUGGUGGGCUGAUGGAUGAGCUGGAUGUCUUGAUAGUUGGAGGCUAUUUUGGUGUUGGUCAUCGAGGUGGAAUGAUGUCUCAUUUCUUGUGUGCAGUCGCUGUGCCGCCAGAAGAUGGUGAAAAACCUAGCGUGUUCCACUCGUUUUGCAAGGUUGGUUCAGGUUACACCAAGAAGCAGUUGAGUGAAUUUAACCUAAAGCUGGCUGAACACUGGAAAGUGUUUGACAAGAAAAACCCACCAUCUUGUGUAGUCCUAGCUUCAGGCUUCAAAGAAAAACCAGAUGCCUGGAUAGAACCAUCAAAUUCCUGCAUUGUCCAGAUAAAGGCAGCAGAAAUUAUUGAGAGUGACAGGUUUAAGACAGGUUUUACUUUACGUUUCCCUCGAGUUGAACACAUCCGACAUGACAAGCCUUGGUUUGAGUGCAUGACCGCAGCAGAUGUGGAAGAUUUGAAACAGAAGUCUGGAGGCAAACUAACAGGUGGGAAGUUUGAGCUUGGUGAUAGUGGUGGUGAACCUGUAAAGAAAAAACGUAAAAUUGUGUCUCGGUUUGAACGACCAACCUUGAUGAACCAGUUUAAAGCAGCUGAUGUCUCCAAAGUGCAACAGGUUUCAAAAAUGUUUGAAAACAAGGAAUUCUGUGUGAUCAAUGGACCCUUGGAUCAUCCAAAACAUGAACUGGAGAAGAAGGUGGUGGAGUUUGGUGGAACUAUUGUUCAAAAUCCAGGUUCAAACACCUUCUGUGUGCUAGUGGAGAAGGUUGCGGUCCGUGUAAACAAUCUAAAGAAGAGGGAUAUUUAUGACAUUGUUAAGGUUUCUUGGUUCCUCAAAUGUGUGGAUGCUCAGAGGUGGAUGGACUGGACACCAGAUGAUAUGAUUCACACGUCGCCUAAGACACACAAACUGUUUCAACAGGACUACGACGAAUAUGGUGACAGUUUUACUUCAGACACCACAGAAGAGCAGCUGCUAAAGGUGUUUGAGAAAAUGGAAAAUGCAGUACAAGAUGUCAGUACCUGGGAUAUUGCUGAGUUAGAGGACAAGUAUUUCCCAGACGAAUCACCUUAUGGCCUUUUCAGAACAUGCAGGAUAUAUCUUGACAACAACCUGGUGGUAAGUGAUGCCACGACUCGGAUUCCCAACUGCAGUUUGGAUCUUCUCGGUCUUGAGCUGCGGUUUUUUGGUGCAACCAUCACGGACAAACUGGAUGCGGACGUCUCUCAUGCCAUUGUUGAAGUCAAAGAUGUGAGUCGUCUUCAACAACUACGAGACGUGAGGAGGAGAAGAACGAAAAAGUUCCACAUCGUUACGGAGGCUUGGGUCCGAGCUUGUCUGGAGGAUGGAGAAUUAUGUACUGAAAGAAUUUAUGAACCAAAAUAAUAGAGAUAUUAACCACACACUAAUAUACAGAAAUAUUGUUGAUAAAUUUAUUAAGCUGAAAUAAGACGGGAAAUGACUUACAUUACAGUUUUAUGACCAUG